AUGACCAAAUCCGACCUUUCCUCAUUCCAGCAAGCCAAUGAGGCGGUAUCGUUCCUCGAGAGUCGCUUGCCCGAGGGUUUGCAAAAUCCCCGAGUGGCCAUCGUCUGUGGUUCCGGGCUAGGAGGACUGGCAGACACCAUUCACGCCCAGCCGCGGGCAGAAUACGACUACGCAUCCAUCCCCCAUUUUCCUCGUCCAACAGUCGCGGGACAUGCUGGGAAGUUGGUUUUUGGGUUGCUUGGCCACAAGAUCCCCGCAGUGUUGAUGGUGGGCCGUACGCACUACUACGAGGGGCACUCGAUUGAUCGAGUUACCUUCCCUAUUCGCGUGUUCAAGCAGCUGGGGGUUGACACUGUCGUGCUGACAAAUGCGGCUGGAGGCCUGAAUGCUGAAUAUUCUGUGGGAGAUAUCGUCCAUAUCUUCCUGGCAGGCCUGGCAGGCGUGCAUCCUUUGAGAGGGCCAAAUGCCGAAGAAUUCGGAGUUCGCUUCCCACCUUUAUCCGAUGCAUAUGAUCUCGACCUUCGUCGCCAGGUGCACCAGGCAUGGAAAGCAGUGAUCCCCACCGGAAGCACAAGAAGGCUGCAUGAAGGUGUCUAUGCGUUCGUCGGAGGUCCUACGUAUGAGACAAGAGCCGAAAGCCGAAUGCUUCGAUUGUUGGGGGCCGAUGUGGUGGGAAUGUCAACAGUCCCGGAGAUCGUCGUAGCCAGGCACUGCGGUGUUCGAGUGCUAGCAUUUAGCCUCGUGACCAACAAUGCUGUGCUGUCUCCAGUCCCUCGAGGCGACGAGGAUAUUUUCCAGAACAAAGCAGCAGGCGAACUGAGCGCCAUUUUGGAGGAAGGCAAGGCGGGACACGAGGAGGUUCUUGAAGCUGGCCGGACCGCGGCGCUUGAUAUGCAGACAUUGGUCGUGCAAACACUGGUGAACGUCUUCGAGUCUUAA